GUGUCAUACCUUACAUAAUGGGUUGAGAGAGAGAGAGAGAGAGAGAGAGAGAGAGCUGGAGUGGGUGACUGUCUCUACGCUCUUCUGCUCUUCUGCUGUGGUUAUCAUGGACAUGGAGUCAUCCUGUGAGCAGGUGACAGCGAUCUGAGAGCAGACUCGAGCAUGAUGGGCACUGAGAUCUCGGAGAAGGAACGCGACAUUCUGCAUGACACUGAAGAAGAGAAGGAGGUAAAGGAUGAGAAGGCCCGUGUAAAGGAGGAAUUGUCUGAGGAGCAGGAGAUGGAGGAGCUGAGGGCACAAAUGCUGCAGCUUCUGAUAGAGCUGGAAGAAGCCAGAGACAUGUCUCAGAAACAUGAGGAGAGCUUCCUGGAGAUUCAAGGACUUCUGGAGGAUGAGCGAUUAGCUAGUGCUCAUCAGGCUGAGGCCUUCACAAGACAGAUCCAGCGUCUACAAGCUCAGCUUCGCUCUGUUCAGGAGGAGAUGGUCAGCCUGGAAGAGGAGAAAGAGAUUGAGCUGCAGGAGGCGCGGGAGGAGCUGCGGGCAGCGCAGGAGGAGGUGCUGAUCCUGCAGCAGGCAGCAGAAGAAGCUGCGGCUGAAAGAGAGAACGACAUCGCCAGUCUGCAGGAGGAACUCUGCCGCUUACGGGCUGAAAUCUCACAACUUGAGAACACGGGACAGGAGUACGAGCUGGAGAUCGUCACACUCAGAGCGGAGAUAGAGAUGAAGAGUAAAUUCCGUCAACAGCAGAGGACAGAGGGUGAUGUGGGUGAAUUGAAGGAUACAUGCAUUAAUCUGAAGGAGCAAUGUCAAUUACUACAAGAUGAAAACACAAGACUGACUAACAGACUGCAGCUAUUGCAGAAGAGGAGUUCAAGCGGUGCAUAUGUCACUCUUAAAGAGGAACAGGAGGAGACAGAGGAGGCAAAAGACAUGGACUGUGGCACAGAGACUGACGGGGCAGGAUCCUACACACGCAUGAACCAGAUGAGCUCCAACUGCAGGCUGGUGGAUGCAGGAAUCCAGAAGAAUAUUUCAUUUGAAGGCAAACCCAUCACUCCCACCAGCUGGACAGGAGGAUUUUCAGAGAUCUUGUCACUCAGAGAUCAGCUCAAACAGAGUGAGGAGAAGGCUGCACAUAUGCAGAGAGAGUGUUAUGGACUAAAGGAUGAACUACAGAAGCUGGGGGAAAUGAGCGAAAGCAGUCAGAAAGAGCGAGCCGAGCUGGAGUUGGAGUUGUUACGCUGCAGGGAGGAGCUGGAGAAACAUGCUGACGGAAAACAGGUAAAUGUGAAUACAUUAUUGUAGUUGUAAAAUAAUUUUUUUGAAGUGGGGUUUUAUUCCUGUUUCCCUGUUCUGACUGUGUCCUGGAGUUUCUAGUUUCGAUUGUUUAACCUGUCAUGUGUCUUGGUCUGGUAUUGUUUGUCCCGGCAGCAUUUUGGGGUGUGUUUUUGAUUUAAAAUGUGUUUUAAAAUAUUCGAUCCAGUGACUUACUCAUUUAGAAAUUAUGAAUGUAUUCCUAAAUAUUUAUCUGUAAAUAUCAGUGCGUCAUUGGAUCACAGAAAUAGCAAGCAUAAAUGUUUUGUAUUCAUAUUUAGAAGUUGAGGACUAUACAUUCACAUGUUAUUUAUUGUUAAAUACAGUAAAUAUAAACCUAUGUGAAUUUAAAGGCACGAACUAGAGAACGGAUGGCUCUUCAUAAAACAGUUAUCAUCAUUAAUAUCAUUUCAUUUUCAUGUUCCCAUUUAUGAAGAUUAUGGACUGUAUGUGACUAUUCUGAAAGUGGCACUUUCCUGACUACGGAUAAUCAUGCUUUAAAAAUGCUUUAAAACCUUUGAGACCUUACAUGGAUAUGUAAACCACCAAAUAUUGACAUCUGAGCUACCAGUAUAGUGAAAACCUUUGGUAAAAACUCGGUGAGGUUGACCUUUGCGUAGAAUGUUCAUUUAAAUAUGCUCAUGAUGCGCCCACCAAAAUGUGGAAAGAGUUGCAUAUGCGUUGAGAAAUAUUUAUCUUAAAACCACAUAAAUAUUUAUUUGAUUAUGUGGGAAUAGAGUAUUGAUUGAUACCGGACAUUAAUUGUAAUUGUUUUAAGGGACAAUGUAAAUACAUAUGCAGUUAAUUUACAAAAAUAUGGGAAUCAAGUAUUUUAUUCAUAUGCAUUCAUAUUAAUUA